AUGGACCUGACAUGGGAGCGGCCGCUGGAAAUCAUCAAGUACCCGGAUCCUCGGCUGCGAGCGGUGAAUGCAAAAGUUGGCGCCUUCAACGACAAAGUCAAGCAGCUGGGCAUGGAAAUGCUAGAGGUCAUGUACAAUGGGGAUGAUGGCGUGGGGUUGGCGGCGCCCCAGGUGGGGGUGAAUGUUCGAAUGAUGGUGUACAACCCAACGGGCAGGCGGGGAGAUGAGGAGUUUAUAUUAGUGAACCCCAGGAUCCUCAGCACCAGCGGCAAGCGAGAGGUCCACGAGGAGGGCUGCCUAUCCUUCCCCCGCCUGUUUGCCAACGUGGAGAGGCCCCACAAGGUGAAGGUGAGGGCGCAGGAUGUGAAGGGGGACACCCUGAUGCUGACGCUGAAUGGGUGGCAGGCGCGCAUCUUCCUGCACGAGUAUGACCACCUGCAGGGCACCCUGUUUCACGACAGGAUGAAGCCAGAGGAGUUGAGAAAGAUUCACAAGGGGCUUGUGGCACUGGAAGAAGAGUACCUGCAGCUGCAUCCUGGUGCCGUAGUGCAGCGUGUGUGA